UGCCAACAAAUUUACUGACGUGUGCGUCCGUCAAUGGCGGAUGUUGUGAAAAAUAAUGUUGCACGUAAAAUAGGUGUCAACUUCAUAAAGCCAAAUGAGUUGCUGCGUGGCAUGGCUCGUCAUCCAGAAAUAUGCUGUAUAUUUAUCACAUUUAUGAUAACAUUUAUUAUUAAAUAUGGAACAAGCUUCAAAAGCAAGCCAGUUACACUGCCCCCGAAGCAACCACAAUACAUGUUUCCUCCAACCUCCUAUGUAUUGGACUCGCCCAGGGGUUCCUUGAUGCCACUCAUAGAAGUUCUUAAUUCUCAAGAAUUUGUGUUUGUCAUGUACUAUGCUCCAUGGUGCUACAAGUCUAAAGCUGCCAGAUCAGAGUUUCUUAAAGCUGCAAACUAUUUCAAAGGGCAGGUUGCAUUUGCUUCUGUGAACUGUUGGUGGCCCGAGGGGGAUUGUAGAAAACGCUACAAAUUUUUAAUGUUUCCUGUUUUUAUGGCUUACCAUACAAAACUAGAUGGAUACAGAUAUUUUGGUCAUGUACGGGCCGAACAUAUGAUUCAGUUUCUAGAAGAUUUAAUUUAUCCUCUGAAGUUGUUGAAUUCCAAAGAUGAGAUUUUAGAACUAGUAGCGAAACACGAGAAUGCAAUUGUUGGUUAUUUCAAUCUUACAUCUCUGAAAGAUGUCGGUGUUUACAGACAGUUUUACUAUGCAUCCAUGCGCAUACAGGAAAGAGAUCCAUUCCAGCCCAUUAAAUUUGGUGUGAUUUCUCAGGAAUCUGUUGCACGUGAAGUCAAUUUGACACAAUGGAAUGAAAUUGUAUUUUUAAGAUUGACUAACGAUUCCUUGUUUUAUCCUUACCCUAAUAACAUCACAAGUUUGAAUAUAGUUCAGUGGGCCUUAGGAAAUAAAGGACAAGAAUUGAUCAAAAGGCUGUCACCAGAGGGCCUAAAGAGUGAAGUUCUAGCCACAGAGAUGCACAAAGGUCCUGCGUUUCUCUUGUUCCAUGCCGAGAGCCCACUGUUGAAGAUUGAACCUGGUCUAAGAGUGUUGAAGGAUGUUGUCUUGCAGUACAGGGAAUGUCAACUACAUCCUUACUUCCGUAAUAUACAAACUCACUGGUCUACUGCCACAUUAAAAAAUCUUCAGUACCACAGAGCUUUGAGUACUUUCUGCCAGCAGCUGAAGCAGGUCAACCGAAUGCAGGAGUUGGAUCUAUCUUGUUGUGUUAGUACAAUCCUCUAUAACUCUAGUCAGAGUCAGAAUGUGUGUAAUGUCUGCCAGUACAGCUCUGCAAAGAGAAAGUGCCAAGUGUUGCCACCCCACUUGCUGUCCCAUGUAUUCGCCUCCCACCAGUCCGACUCAGAUUGCCGGAGUUUCAAUGUGAACUACAGUUGGUUAGACAGACUAAGUUUUUGCUGUUCAAAGCGUGACGGUGCUCACCAGACUGCCCACUAUAUGCCGCAGCCUCGCACAGAAAAAUUGCGCCUGAAUAUAAGCAGCAGUGAUCAGAGAGUGCACUUUUAUAAAGAGGAUGAAGGUCUUGAUCGCAGUGCGCGACACACGUUGGAUGGCUACGUUAGAAAUCACCUGGAGUCACUUCCAAGAAGAUUAUGUGAUAGACUCUCUUUAGAGAGGCACGUGGAUGACAGUGCUGGAGUGUCUGAGACUCUGGCCUCUGAGCUGAGCUCCACUGAAGUGCAGCUCAGAUUGAAACACUUGAGCCAUAUUGGCUGCAGUAGCAAUAAAACUGUCAAUUUCUAUGCAAUAGAUUCUAGGAAUCGCUGGAUGUUUCCUGAUGCCUUGGGCAUUGAGCCCAAUAUGUCCUCAGGAGGACCAACAGCGGUGUUAUUUGACCGAAAGAGUGAGGAACAUUAUAUAUUUAAAGACAAUUUUACUUACAGCAAUACAGUGUCUUUUCUAAUGGACUAUGAACAAGGAUAUUUGAAAAGACACCAACAAUCCAAUGGCUUCCCACAGUCUGUUUGUGAGGUCAAAGGUCAAGUUUGUUUACAAGAGCUUACUUCUGCUACAUUCCUUAGUGCUGUGAAGGAGGAGGAGAAAGAUGUAGUGGUUUUAAUCUAUGCACACUGGUGUGGAUUCUGUCAGACUUUAAGUCACACAUUCCUUGCAUUGGCUCAGUAUUUCUCCACAUCACCUCACAUUGUUUUUGCCAGAAUCAAUGGGGCCACCAAUGAUCUACCUUGGGAAUAUACUUUUGAUUCCUAUCCAGUUAUUGUCUUCUUUUCAGCCAGACACGAUCCAUAUGAUUUGAUUAUAUGGAGAAACAGGAGAAAAGCUGACAGCAUUGUUUAUCCUAGUGAUGAGGACAUGUCACUAACCAAGCUGAUUCGAUUUGUCCUGCAUCAUGCCACAUAUGACACAAAGGUUCGACUGGCCGCUGACGUCUGCUCCACUGCCUGUAUCCAGGCCAACAUUGCCCACAGCAGUCAGGUACUGGAGAUGCUGCGCCUCAGGCAAGCCAGCCUCCAGUCUCAGCUCAGCAUGCGAGAAACUGAUGGUCUCAAAGCAGAAUCAGAUGGUGUGUUGGAUGCAGGAGCAGUUGACAUCCCAAACGGGGGAGAAGAUGAUGGCCCACAUGCAGGAGUGGGCCAUGAAACUGGAGCAGAUGGUGAUCAUAAUGCAAGUGCAGCUAAUGGCCAGAAUGCAGGAGCAGUUGAUGGCCAGAAUAGAGCAACAGUAGAUGGAUCAAAUGCAGAAGCAUCCAAUGGCCAGAAUGCAGGAGCAGCUGAUGGCCAGAAUAGAGCAACAGUUAAUGGAUCAAACGCAGAAGCAUCCAACGGCCAGAAUGCAGGAGCAGCUGAUGGCCAAAGUACAGAUAGAAUAUAUAGCCAGAAUACAGCUAACGCUUAUUCUAAAUUAGAUACAGAUUAUUUAAUAUCUGAGCUUCAAAGGACUACAAAUCAGAUUGAGGCUGUAGAAAGACUGAAAUUGUUCUUGGAGAAACAAACGGAAGUUAUAAACAAAGAAGACUUGGUGAAAAUAUUAUCAUUUGAUUUCCCCAGUGCCUAAAAAUCCAGAAAUCAUUGCAUUAGUGUUGUUGUGAAUUAUUGUUUCUUUUAAUAUGGCUGCCAACACUGUUAUAUUUGUUAUUGAAUGUUUGUAUAAUACUGUGUUUAUUUAUUGUCACUCCUUUCUUUUUGCUCACUCUAGUUUCUUUUCUAAAGUUGGCAAUUUUAUGCAUAUUUUAUUGACAUUAGGAAUGUGAGAGAUAAAAAUUGAGCCUAGGUCAGUUGUUAUUGUUAUUGUUUUCAACCAAAGAGGCUAGAGUACAAAUUAUGUCAUAGAUUUCAGGGGUUUUGUUUUAUUAUUGUAUUGUUUGUAAUUUAAUGGAAUGAAUGAUUGUAGAAUUGGUUUUGUGAAAUAUGCAAGUGUCUUUUUACUUGGAAUCUUCCUGGUACUAAAAGAAAUAUAUGUGUUAUAAAAUAGGUUUUAUUUCAUCAAAAUAGAUAUUUUAAAUAAAAAUUGUAACAGAUUUUUAUUGGUUUGCAGAGAUUCAUGUUAAUAGUGUUUUGAUUUUAAUUUCUCUUCAACCAAAACGUUGUCUAUGAAAUACAAAGAUUGUUUGGACUGGCACCCGGUUCUGUCACAAGAAAUAAACUGAUUUCAUUCUUCACUUUUCGUCUUUUGGAUCAUUAGGACAUCACAUAGGAUUUGUUGACUGUCUCUCUGUUCCUCAGGAUGGAAAUCUUUCAUUUCCGUCUGUUUUCUAAACCCUAAUAGAUGGACUUUAAGAGCAGCCCUUGGUUCCUUUACUGCAUGAACUGAGAUUUUCAAGUCUCUUUUUUCUAAGUACACAUUUUGUCUGGCAACAUUAACCAACACUGGCAUAUCAUUUUAAACACAAUCAUAAUUCUAUAUCAUACAUUUUCAUUCUGCCGUUGUUGUCAGCAUCUAGAGUUUUAUUGUGGUACAUUUGAUGGAAGUCCUAAAUAUUCUAUUUGAUUUACAGUGAAGAUUCUAUAACUAGAAUUUGUAUUUGGAGCCAAAGAUAGCUUGAUUCAAACUGUUUAGGUGUUACAUUAGCUUGUUGUAUGUAUUUUCUGUUAUUUGGUUGAUUGGAUACAUUACUUUCUUUUAAUAUAAAACUGCUCAUCCAUUCUUAUUCUUCUUCCUGUAGCCGAAAUUUUGAUGUUCCUACAUAGUCUUCAGUGCUGAUUAAGGCGAGGUCAUCUGCAUACAUGCUGCUUUAGAUUUUUCUUGGUAGGCUUUGGUUUAGAUCAUUAAUGUAUAUUAGGAACAGUUUUGGGGACAGAACUCCUCCUUGGGGAAUGCCAUUUUUUAUGCCCAUAGUGCAACUUCUUUGCCCUUGCAUGCAGACCAAAGCUUUUCGAUUGUUCCGAUAUUCUUUUAUCCAGAAGUACAUUCUGUGGGAUAUGUGAUGGUCUGUUAACUUGAGUAAAAGGCCUCGUUCCCAGACUUUAUCGAAUGCUUUUUCCAAGUCAACCCAGACAAUCAUUGUUAGCUUCUUACCUUGAGAUCCAUCUUCAAUCUCCUGUGUGAUGAAGUCGAUUCGGUCCUCUGUAGAUCUACCUUUUCUAAAGCCAGCUUCAAUCUCCUGUGAUGAAGUCGAUUUGGUCCUCUGUAGAUCUACCUUUUCUAAAGCCAGCUUCAAUCUCCUGUGAUGAAGUCAAUUUGGUCCUCUGUAGAUCAACCUUUUCUAAAGCCAGCUUCAAUCUCCUGUGAUGAAUUUGGUCCUCUGUAGAUCUACCUUUUCUAAAGCCAGCUUCAAUCUCCUGUGAUGAAGUCGAUUUGGUCCUCUGUAGAUUUACCUUUUCUAAAGCCAGCUUGGGCUUCUGUAAGUGGAUUGUUUGACUCAAGGAUCCAAGUGAGUCUGUUACUUAACACUCUUUCCAUAUGUUUGCGUGUACAGCUGGUGAGGCUGAUUGGCCUGUAGCUGUCUAGUUUGUUUCAUUGUUUGCUAUGCUUUAGUAUCCAUUCAACUCAGCAGACUUCAGACUACUUAGGUCAUUUGUCCCCUGACUCAGUAGGUGCUUACCCUCCAUGUGUUGUCUGACUUCACACAGUUGUUUAGUCCUCGGCUACUGGAUGUGGCUAGAUUUGUAUAGUGUGAUGUUCUAUGUUAAAAGUAUUGCCUUAAGAUGAAAGAUAAACCCUUUUUUUUUUAGUCCGUAUAACUGAUGUGUGGCCUUAGUAUAGUAUCUUAACUCUUUCAGUGCGGCAUUACUCUUAGCGAGGAACUUGGUAUAUCAUAUUUAUUUCACUAUCUUUUUUAUGUUAAACUUUUUAAUUCUCUCUUUUUUUUUGAUUUUUGAAUAUGGGAGUGAUUGUUCUUUGUUUUACAAAACAAAAGACAACACUAUGUUAAUGGUUCCUCUUUUUUAGUUUAUUUUCCGGGACCCAAAAAAUGAAAUAAUACAAUUUCUUAGUGCAUUUGUUCGUCUUUUAUGAAAUUUGAAUUAGUUAAAUGUGUGAUUUUCCAAUAUUUAUGGAUUAAAUGUUUAAUUAAAAGGUUAGUUGUAGUAACUCAUACCCUUUGAAAAUUUGUGUUCAUCACAGAAAACUACAAUUUUUUUUUUCAAAAUAAUUCGCACUGAAAGAGUUAAUACUUCUAGUAAAAUCAUCCACCUGUGUGUUGGCCAUCCCUUAAAUCAUGAGUCCAUGGCGUGCAUUGGGUAUUUAAUGCUUAGUCUGACAGCUCCUUUUAAUGCUCUCAAAAAAAAGAAAGAAAACUGCCAACAUAAUUCUGUAUGUGAUAUCGACAUAGUGCCAGAUUUUUUAAAUAUGGUGCUAGAGACAAAUCAAUCUGGCAGAUCUUUUAAACCCAGACCAAUAAGGUUAAUAAAUACUAAAAAUUUGAUGCCUCUCACCACCUGAUGUCCAUGUGGCCCGCACUGCCCAUUGAACUCUAUUUCUCUUGCUUCAUAUUUUUGAAAGGAAAAUUUUGAGCUUUAGGGAACUUGACCAGACUAUUGGAGACAUUUGUUAUUUUCCCUGGGAGGUGGUAUGUAAACACGCCCAGUAUUGAUGUUUGGCCAUAACAUCUAUGUAUUUGACCUAGUUAACUUUGUUUAAUCUAGUUCUCAGGAAUUUUUUGUGGUCAGUGAAAUUAGUAUGUUAUUGGAAAAAGUUAAUUGGUGUUAUUACUCUCAAUGUCAAAGAUUCUUUUGGUAAUUUAUACGGAGACUCUAGAGAUAGCUGUAGUUAUUGUCAUGCUAAGGCUAAACAUUGUCUAUCACAUUAACGCCAUAAAUUAACCGCCAGUCAGUUCAUUAGCUUGUAUAAUUACUGUUUACGGUGAAUGAUUAAUGUCAUUUAGAAACUCUGCUCUGUUACUGGUAACCGGUUGGCUUUUCUUGAAGAUGUGUUAAAUUUUUAAUUUUAAUAUGUUUAUGUCAUGUUUCAAUUCUUUGUUGACAAUGUUUUUAUUUAAAAAAUUAACCAUACCUUCAUUUCUAUGGUUUGCAUUUUUUAAGCCUUUUUUUGUAUCUCUCUGUUCUGGUUGUUAUUUAUGUGAAUUAUUUCUCUCC